AUGACCCCCAACCCAUCUUCCCCCACACCACGAUUGAGGAAAGCCGACACACAAAUGAACGUAGCUGGCAUACGUCGAAACAUCAAAAAUCUUGCCCACAACUACUCCGAUGCACAGGUGAAGGUCCGAGAGGCCACCUCCAACGACCCAUGGGGACCAUCAUCCACGAUCAUGGCGGAAAUCGCCGACCUCUCGUACAAUGUGGUGGCAUUUUCCGAAAUCAUGCAGAUGAUCUGGAAGCGUAUGAACGAUCACGGCAAAAACUGGCGCCAUGUCUACAAAGCAUUGCUGUUGCUCGAGUAUCUCAUCAAAACUGGCACGGAAAAGGUGGCACAACAGUGCAAGGAAAACAUCUACGCCAUCCAAACGCUGAAGGAAUUCCAGUACAUGGAAGAGGGCAAGGAUCAAGGCAUGCACGUGCGCGAAAAGGCGAAACAGCUCGUGUCCCUGCUGAAGGACGACGAGCGAUUGAAGAACGAGCGGGCUCGUGCGCUAAAAGCGAAGGAACGUUUUGCCCGAACAGCUAGCGGAUUCGGAAGUGACGGUUCGAUCGACGGUCCAACGCAGCGUGAUCCGAGGCCGCCGAAUUGGGGCGAAGGAGAACCGAUCGCAGGUGCGGCAGCUACCGGUGGCGUUGGUGGCAAACCAGUGUCCGAGAUUGAAUUUGUCCGGCCACAGACGGUGGGCGAGGAGGAACUGCAGCUCCAGCUGGCGAUGGCAAUGUCCCGCGAGGAGGCAGAACAGGAAGAGCAGAAACGACGCAGCGACGAUGUGCGGUUGCAAUUGGCACUGAGUCAAAGCGAGCAGGACUUUAAGAAAGAUCAAGAUCCUAAGGAAGGCGGUGGUAGUGCGCUGGUUGAUUUGCUGGACAUUUCAUUCGGUGCUGCUGCCAUCAGUAGCCCGUCUCAGCAGCCACUUGCUGGACCAUCCGGUACCAGUGGUUCUAUUGAUCCGUGGGGUAUGCCCACGGCAGGAGGAUCCCGACAAAUGGCUUCGGAUCCAUGGUCAAGAACAUCAUCCCCUCCGGCGGUAGUUGAUCCUUGGCUGAAUACGGCAUCCGCUUUACCUACAGCCGGAGCAUCCUCUUCGAAACCACCUGCGAUGCUGCGUACGGAACCGUGGCAACCUCGUACGAAAUCACCGUCGGCAACGUCCGGAUCAUCGGUAGAAGGAUGGUUACAUAAUGGUGCGGGUGCUGUCGGUGGUUCCGCAACGAUGCUGACGAAUGGUCCAGGCUCAUCAAACGGAAACCUUGACCCUUGGCUCAACAAAACAAAUGCUGCCGGCCCGAGUGCGCCACUGCAAGCAGCUGCCGGGGAUCCAUGGCAAACGAACAAAAGAUCCACACCAGUACCACCGGCCGCUACGAGCGGUGAUCCUUGGCAGUCAAAUCCUACCAAACUUGAUCCAUGGGCACCGGUUGGCAGUAACUCUGGUAGCGUUGGUGACCUGGGAGCAGCAUUCGGUGGCGUGAGUGUUCCGAUGAAUCGACCAUCACCUGUCGGUGCCAUCACCUCACCGGUAUCCGAUUUGGAUGAGUUUGACAUCAUUACCAAGCGAGCUGCUAGCAGCAGCAGUGCUACCAAUAAUAAUAAUCAUAAUACCGCUAGUAACAAUCUGAACAACAACAGCUCUUUGCUGCUGGGUGAUCUAGAUCCGCUGUCAUCCUCCGGGACGAACUCAAGCUCGCCGAGUAUGGGAGUGACGACGGCGGCGAAAAAGACGCCACAGUCGUUCCUAGGUGAAAACUCGUCACUUGUAAAUCUGGACAAUCUAAUCAAACCAAACGGUAGCGGUGUGACGGCACCUUCGGCUUCGUCUACGGCCUACAACCCGUUCGGGGAAACUGGUGCAUCCGGUGCACCCGUGCAAAAGAACCUAUUCCAACAGAAUCAACCUCAGGUUCCGUCCAUCAAUCAGCUGAAACAAUCACCGUUUCCAGUGACGCUCAAUCAGGAUCCUUGGGCACCGGUUUCUAAUAUGAAUACAGCGCAACAUCCUGAUGAUGAGAGCGAAGGCUUACAGUAUGCUGCCGUAGACAUAAACGCAAAUAGCGAUUUGCCAGCAACGAUUAGCAACGAGUUAGCGAACACCAACCGGCAACAUCAACAGUACCAUCUCGACUGGAAGCCAACGGCUGCGAGCAACACUUAUUCGACAAGCACUGUUGCCACGGAGCACAUUGAUUGUCGUUUAAGUGACGGUAAUGUCGCCGACGAUACUAGCGAAGACGAUAUUUUCAACACCACGUACACAUUGCUGCCCUCUACCAUCGGGGGUGAUAGUGAUAGACAUUUAACGGCUGCCCAGCUGGACAGCACGCGCCCAUUGCGCCAGCUGUACGAUUUUCAUUUCGCCGUCGACGAUGACGUGCUCGAUGUCAGCCCUAGUGCGAUGUCGAGAAGUGGUGUUGCUUUUGGCACAACCACCGACACGAUGAAUCAUAACGAUCAUCCCCGACAAGGCAGCAAUGCGGGUUUUAUAGACACGUGCCAUACUAACAACAAUUACCAAAGCAACCUGAACAACAACAGUGCGCCCUGGAUGAAUCCUCAAUCGUCGAACCCAUUCCUAUCGUAAAAAGCGACCACCGGUUUGAAGGCGCAGCGCCGCCAAAGCAGCAAACAUCUUUUAACAGUUCGGUACCGGUUAUUUUUCAGGCGCCGAGAUAAACUAGUUAUAUACAUUUUAAAUAUUAACCGAACAGAAACCGAAACGGGGAAAUGGCACCGUGUAUGAAAUGGCUUUUGACAAAUCAAUGCUCUGGCGAAAUUUAAAAAAUAAUCG